CUCCUGCAGCGCCACCAUGAGAACAAUUCUGAUCGCGUGCUUCGUCGCCUCGGCCUUUGGGCAGAGCAACUUGCAGGGAUUAAAGGAAGUGAACCACCUCAGGUCCCUGGCACAGCCUCACCUUCCCAGAGAUGACAACGUGCUCCAUCAGACGCAGGAAUUCCUCCUCAAGUUUGCUGAGCUGAAGGCCCUCGCCGACGCCGCUCCUGACCCGGUGGAUGAGCGCCAAGCGCGCCCAUCCGCCCCUCGCUUCACGCCCAGCCACUCUCCCGCCCCCGUCCGCGCCCCCGCCCCUCUCCCUCCCCCUCCCGCCCCUGCCCCUCACCGCUUCGCCCCCUCCCAGCCCUCGUCCGACACCUUCGACGUGAACAUGAAGAUCGCCAGCCUCCUGUCGCAGCAUCACGCCCCCGUGGCUCCCCCCCGCCAGCCGCAGUUCGCCCCCCAGCAGGUGCCCACCUUCGCCGUCCAGGAUAACUUCGCGUCGCAGCAGAACUUCGGCCGCCCGAGCGCCGCCCCCGUCCGCCAGCGCCCCGUCGACCUCAGCAUCCCCACCACCAACGAGCACGGCCUCCUGAUCAACCCCGAGCGCUUCCCGGGGCCCCUCGCCGACACCGUCCCUGCCGGCGUCGGGGGCAGGGUCCAGCACGUGCAGUUCACGCCCGAGGUGGCCGCCGCCCACAAGAACCUCGCCGACGCCCACGCCCAGAUCCUCAGCCUCCAGUCGAACCUCCGCGUCUGAGUUGUCACGACACGCGAUCAGCCAUGGGACCAGUCAGUAGUGAGGUGCAGCUCAUGCGCGAUGUAGAUAUCAUGCUUUCAUAAAGUAUUUAUAAAUAUCCCAAAA